AUCAGCCAACGUUCGUCGAAACCACAGGUUUGCAAUACCCGUAUGUCAAAGAGCCCGCUUCCUGCUCCCCCGUCGCCAUGUCCGUUCCUUGCCGUUCAAGUGCCAGAUUGGCCUUCCGCUCCCUGCGUCAAUGUCCGAGAGCUUCCGCAAUCGCGCCUCGGACGACUCGUGCCUACCAUUCCUACGACCACCCGGAUCCGAUAACAACCUUCCACCCCCACGAAUCGACGAUCCUCUCCGCCGCGUAUAAGCAUGUCCCAGAGUAUGGCUUCUCACAAAAGGCCCUCGCCCUCGGCGCCAAGGACACGGGAUACCUUGACAUCAGCACCAGCGUGCUGCCGGACGGUCCUUUCAGCUUGAUUCGUUACCACCUCGUCACAAAACGUGAAGGCCUGGCCAACAAGGAGAAGGAGUUGUUCGGAGAGAGCUCGCAAGUUGGUGUCAGUGAAAAAGUAGAACUCCUCGCCUGGGAGCGGCUUUUAGAGAAUAAGACCGUCAUCGACCGAUGGCAAGAGGCCCUGGCGGUUAUGGCACAACCGAGCUAUGUGCCUGCUUCCCUCAAGGAACUCGCCAAGUUGGUCGAUGAGAUCUGGUUCCUUUCCGGCGACACUGCCGUCGACCCCUCAUGGUAUACCAAGCGCGCCAGCCUGUCCAUGAUCUACGCGUCGAGCGAGUUGUUCAUGACCAACGACAAGUCGGCCGGUUUCAAAGACACCAGAGACUUCCUGCGGCGGCGACUGAGUGAGGUCAAGGAAGCUGGUGGUGUUAUGGGUUCUCUUGGACAGUGGGUUGGGUUCACAGCUAGCGCGGGUGUCAACGUCCUGAGGAGCAAGGGGAUUCGAAUCUAGGCCUCCUCAGCGGCAACGAUAUGUGUAUAACAGGAAAUACCGAGGCCGAGGUCUCGCUUUGUAUGCUAUUGUAUAUUAUUGUUUCUAGUACGCGGAC